UGUUGUGUUCCAUACACUUAAGGCUUAAAGAAAUAAUUUCUCUUCGUACACAUUCACUUGAUUUGUUUUAGUUCCGAAUUUGAAAGCAAAGAAUUCCAGUAAAAAUGACCCUAAGAUUUGACAAUCGAGUUGUGGUAGUAACAGGUGCCGGAGCAGGUUUAGGAAAACAAUAUGCGAUACUUUUUGGAUCAAGAGGUGCUAAAGUCGUUGUUAAUGAUCUUGGUGGUCAUUGGAAUGGUGAAGGAAAAUCCACAAAUGCUGCUGACAUAGUUGUUGAUGAGAUUAAGCAAGCUGGUGGAACUGCCGUAGCUGAUUAUAACAGUGUUGUCGACGGUAAUAAAAUUAUUGAGACAGCAAUUAAGAAUUUUGGACGUAUCGAUGUUCUUGUUAAUAAUGCUGGAAUUCUUCGUGAUAAGUCAAUUGUGAAUAUUUCUGAUGAUGACUGGGAUAAGAUUCAGGAUGUUCACUUGAAAGGAAGUUUUGCAACAACCCGAGCAGCUUGGCCAUAUUUCAAGAAACAAAAGUUCGGUAGAAUAAUCAUGACCACAAGUACUUCUGGACUUUAUGGAAAUUUUGGUCAAGCUAAUUAUUCAGCUGCAAAGUUGGGACUAGUAGGAUUAAUGAAUACAGUUUCUAUUGAAGGUGCUAAGUAUGAUAUUCGAUGCAAUACAAUUUGUCCAACAGCAGCUUCAAGAAUGACAAAAGGAAUUCUUCCUGAUGAAGUUUUUGAUGAAAUGAAGCCUGAAUUGAUCGCACCUGUUGUUGUAUAUCUAUGUCAUGAAGAUACUCAAGAGACUGGACAAAUUAUUGAAAGUUCUUGUGGAUAUGCUACAAAAUAUCAUUAUGUUAGAGGACCUGGUAGCCUCAUUCGUGAUUCUAUUAACGAAGUUCCAACACCAGAAGCUGUUAGAGCAAAAUGGAGCAAGAUUACUGAUAUGAGCAAGGCUAAACAUUAUGAUUCAAAUGUAGAAGUGAGUGCUGAGUAUAUUGGAGUGUUACAGAAAUUAAAGAAUCCAUCAGAAAAUAACGAAUUUGAGGAUGUCUACAAUUAUAACUUCAAAGACGUCAUUCUUUACAGUUUAGGUAUUGGCAUCUCUACAGAAGAUUCUGAUAACAUGAAAUUCCUUUACGAAAAUCAUCCAGACUUUUCAGUCUUUCCUUCACAUGCAGUCAUUCCAUCAAUUGUGAUGCUAAUGUCAUCACAACUAACUCCAUCCGCUGUAGAAAACUUUGAUCUUUCAAGAGUUCUUCAUGGUGAACAAUUUUUAGAACUUGUCAGUCCAAUGACUACUGAAGGUUCUUUAACUACAAAAGCAUCAGUUCUUGAUGUUCAACAGAAGAAAUCUGGCGCUGUAAUUACGGUCGAGUGUAACUCAUUUGAUGAAAAUGGAAAGCUAAUUAUUCGUGCUCAAUCAUCAACAUUUGUGGUCGGUGGAAAAACAAAUAAUACUAUUAAGGGACAGCCAGAAAAAGUUAUUCAGAUCCAAAAUGCACCAAAAAGAGCUCCUGAUUCUACAGCUUUAAUGAAGACAUGCAUUGACCAGUCUGCUUUAUAUCGACUUUCAGGAGAUCUUAACCCAAUGCAUAUGGAUCCAUCAUUUGCUGCUAUGGGAGGGUUUUCUAAGCCAAUCAUGCAUGGUCUCCUUUCAUUUGGAAUAUCAGUUCGUGCAAUUUUGAAGCAAUAUGCUAAUAAUGAUCCAUCAUUAUUUAAGGCGAUUAAAGUUCGUUUUACAAAGCCCGUGUAUCCAGGUGAUACUUUGAAGGUUGAAAUGUGGCAAGAAGGAAAUCGCAUUUAUUUCAGAACAUUAAUUGCCGAUUCAAAUGUCGAAGUUAUAUCGGGUGCUUAUGUGGACUUAUUAAACGUUAUAAAAUCAACAUCAGAAAACAUUCCUCAGUCAGUAUCAACAAAAAUGGCAGAACUUCAAACAGACGCAAUUUUCCAAGCAAUUAAGGAUCGAGUUGCUGCUGAUCCGGCAAAAGCAAAAUCCGUCAAUGGAGUUUUCCUUUACAAGAUUACAAAGGAUGGAAAAGUUGCUAAAGAAUGGACAUUGGAUCUUAAGAAUGCUGUAAUAUCAGAGGGAUCACCAUCAGGCAAGGCUGACACAACAAUCACAGUUUCUGAUGCUGAUUUUGUUGAAAUUGCUCUCGGAAAACUUAAUCCACAACAAGCGUUCAUGAAGGGAAAGCUCAAGAUUCAAGGAAACAUCAUGCUAGCCCAGAAACUCGGACCAUUGUUGAAGACAGAAGCUAAAUUGUAAAUCAAUUGGAUUGCAAUUAUUCCUUUUAUCAGUGAUGGUUUUGAUUUGAUUGAAUAUAAGUUUAAAGCAAUUCCAAAAAAAAAAGUUUAUAAAGGUGUGUAGUUUUAAGUUCAUGCACAGACGGUUAAAAUGGAUUUUUCCGUGCAAGGCAUUUCCUAUUUUUAAUUCCUUUAUCACUCAUUCAAUAUGUUUUGUUAAUUUUUGGUUUUUUUUUAUACAAACUAUAACUGGGACUAUAAUAAAAUAAAUUUUUAAAGACAUA